AUUUCUGAUAAUAGCAUGGUUGAAUCGUCAAAAAGAACAAUGAAGAAUUUUCUUCUUGCUAGUGCUUAAAAUAAACACGAUAACGGAAAGGGCAAGUCCGCGACCCGAGAGUUGGUGAGAAUUGAUAGAAGGGAAAACCUUUUAUCAGUUAAUAGACACAUCCCAGAGCCUCACCCCUGGGCUCUGCACAAAGCAAAAAAAUGACACGAUUCAACCAACAAAAGCAUUUCGUUCUGGUCCACGGGGCUUGCCAUGGGGCUUGGUCUUGGUACAAGCUCAAGCCAUUAUUAAAGGCCGCCGGCCACCAGGUCUCGGCGCUGGACCUGGCGGCUUCUGGCAUCGACAUGAAGUCAAUCCAACAUGUUCAUACGCUUUAUGAAUACACUCAUCCUCUGUUAGAGUUAUUGGCUUCGCUACCACCAAAUGAAAGGGUUAUCCUUGUUGGGCACAGCUUGGGAGGCCUGAAUUUGGCUCUUGCCAUGGAAAAAUUCCCUCAGAAGAUUUCUGUUGCUGUUUACUUAUCAGCUUUCAUGCCUGAUACCCUUCACCAGCCAUCAUACGUAUUGGAUCAGUACAACAAAAGGACCCCAAACGAAGCAUGGCUGGACACACAAUUUCUGCCCUACAGCACCUCUCUGCAGCAUAUGAGUUCAAUGUUUUUUGGCCCCAAGUUCAUAUCCUCCAAGCUUUAUCAACUAAGUCCCAUUGAGGAUCUUGAAUUGGCAAUGACAUUGGUAAGGCCUUCAUCACUGUUCCUGCACGAUCUUUCUCAGGCAAAAAAAUUCUCAAGUGAAGGAUAUGGAUCAGUUAGCAGAGUAUAUAUCAUAUGCGAAGAGGACAAAGCAAUUCCUGAAGAAUUUCAGCAGUGGAUGAUAGCAAAUAGUCCUGUUGAACAAGUGAUUAAGAUUGAAGGUUCAGAUCAUAUGACCAUGUUUUCUAAACCACAAGAAUUGUGUCAGUGUCUCUGCGAGAUAGCCCAAAAAUAUGCUUAAAUUUGUUAUUUUAACAUAUCAUCUAUUAUCAUUAUUAUAUGUAUAAUAAAAGAUCAGCAUCGUAUAUGAUCUUAUCAGGUGGGUAUGAUUGAAAGUUGUUUAAUUUCCAUUACAUAAACAUAUUUGUUAUGGUAGCAGAGUGUUUAUUAAUUAUUUCUUUUAAAUUAAUUGAUUUAAUUGCGUGUA